GGUUUAGUGUAUAAUUUUAAGGAGCGCUAAUUUAAUUCUCUUUUAAUAUAAAUUUAUGUAAUAACUAAGAUUCUUAAUGAAUCAAAUGAUUUCAAGUGAAAUUGAAGAAAUAAUUUUAAAAUCAAAAAGAAGCUAAUAAUUGCAAGUGAAAGCAGAAAAUAAUUUUUUUUUUUAUAAAUCCUUAGUGGCUCUGUAUGAGAGCUGAAUUAAAAUUAAAAACCAAAUAUAAAGUAAUUAUAUAAAAAUGAAGAAACGUUCAAAUCCGUAUUCUAGAACUCCAGAAGAUGAAUCUUCUUCAAUGUCACAAACCACAGAUAAUUGGAUGAUUGUAAAUGAACGUCCAGUAGAUGAUAUUUCACUGGAUUUUUUUUAUAAGCCGCAUACAAUUACUUUAUUUGCCGUCUCAAUAGUUGGCGUGAUGUAUUUUGCAUGGAUUAGAGAUGAAGCAAACAUUCAAGAAAAUAUUUGGGCUGGUAUAGUUUCAGUAGUAUUCUUUUUUUUAAUUAUAUCAGUAUUAGCUUUUCCAAAUGGCCCGUUUACGAGGCCGCAUCCUGCCGUCUGGAGAAUUUUAUUUGGAUGUUCAGUUUUAUACCUUUUAACGUUGCAGUUUCUAAUGUUUCAAAAUUAUAAAACAAUUAUGAGUAUAUUAUAUUGGUUUGAUCCGAAAUUAGAAGAUUUUCAUAUCAAUAUGGAUAAAGAAUAUGGAGUUAAUUGCUCCGAUAUAACAUUAGAAAGAAUUUGGUCGCAUCUUGACGUUUUUGCAUGGGGCCACUUUUUAGGUUGGGCUUUUAAGGCUGUACUUAUUCGACAUAUGGGUAUUUUAUGGGCUAUUUCAAUAAUGUGGGAGAUAACAGAAAUUGCUUUUGCUCAUUUAUUACCAAAUUUUUUGGAGUGUUGGUGGGAUGCUAUGAUAUUAGAUGUAUUAGUGUGUAAUGGUUUGGGAAUUUGGGUAGGUUUAAAAAUAUGUAAAAUAUUAGAAAUGCGUGAAUAUAAAUGGGCUAGUAUACGUGAUAUAUCAUCGACUAGCGGUAAAAUAAAAAGAGCUGUGAUGCAAUUUACUCCAGAAAGUUGGACACAUGUUCGAUGGUUAGAUCCUAAAUCAACUUAUAUGCGUUUUGCAGCUGUAUGCCAAUUAGUAAUAUUUUGGCAAGUAACAGAAUUGAAUACUUUUUUUUUGAAACAUAUUUUCGAAAUGCCGCCUGAUCAUUUUAUUGUAAUGAUAAGACUUUUAUUUAUUGGGCUUUUCGUCGCCCCAUCGGUUAGGCAAUAUUAUAUUUAUGUCACAGAUACCCGUUGUAAACGUGUUGGAACACAGUGUUGGGUAUAUGGUGCUAUAAUGGUAUCUGAGGCAAUACUUUGCAUAAAAAAUGGCAAAGAACUUUUUGAAAGAACGCAAGCGGUUAAUAUAACUGUCUGGUUAUUAAUACAAGUAGCAUUAUCAAUAAUUUUUGUCUAUGGAUGCGUUUUAUGGCAUAAAUAUAUUCAAAAAUCACCAAAUAGCAAUAAUAAAAAUUCGCCAGAUAAAAGUUUAGAUGAUUUAGAUGUAAACAGUUUAAAUAAUGACGAUUCCAAAGGAAACACCCCACAACCAUCACCAAAGAAGUCAUCGGUUAAAGGAAAAGAACAUGUAAAAGAUGAAUAGAUAAAAAAAAAGUAAUAUCGCAAGUAUUGGAAAAAAAAAAAAAACAUUUUUAAAUUUUUAAUUGUUAAAAUAAGGAUUAAAAAUUCGAAGAACUAUUUCAGUCCAAAUUUCACAUUUAUUUGAAAAAUAUUAUUUUUUUUUACUUUGCCCAGUAAAUAUUAUUAUUAUAUUCGUGUGUAUGUAAAUUUACGGUUGAAUGCCAUCCGCAAGCUGAAUUUAAAAUUAUAUAUAUAUUCAACUUUUUUUAAUAAUAUAAUUCGUUUUCUUUCUUAGAUAAAUGUAAGUUGUAGCUAAAUGAUGAAAAAUUUAAAUUAUGACACAAAUUAAAUAAUUUAGUUUAAAAAUUUUUACAAUUUAUGCUAGAAUUUUUUUUUUAAUUUCAUUAUUUUCCUAAUCAAAUUGCAUUGUAUGCAAUUCAAACUCUGUAUUUUUAGACUUCAAAUUCAAUGAGUUCAUAUUAAUAUUACCAAUUCUUCGAAAUAGUCUUCCCAAAGUUUAAAUUGAAUCUCUAAAGUCAACAUUAAUUAAACUUAUAUAAAAGUCUUUAGAAAACGCGAUACAAAUUAAAUUAAUUUUGCUGUAAUAAAUUUGUAAAAACAUGUGUUAUACUUUUUAAUGUAAUUUAAUUGUUUUGAUCACGAAUUUUAUAAUUAUUUUUACAGGCCGAAGUAUAUAUUAAAUGCACGAUAAUUUUAUUAAUUUUACCAAGCAUAAUAUAUUAGAUAUUUUUAAAUCAAUUUUAAAAUCUUUGACUUUCACAUAUUAAAAUAGCAAUAGGAAAAAUUUAUGUAAAACAGAGAUUACUUUAAAUUUUUAAUAAUAUAAUCAAGUUUUAAUUAAGAUUUAUUUUUCCUUUUAUAAACAUAAAUAUGUAUGUAUUUAUUUUAAAAUUAAACAAAAAAAAGGAUGUAAUUUAGCAUUAUAUAAAUUUGUGAAAUUUGAGAAAAAUAAAAAUAUAAAUAAUAAAUUGAAUGAAAGCCAUA